AUGGCAUUGCCGAGUUUUAACUGUGAGAAUAUCUGCAAAGACAUUUAUGAUUCUUGGGGGAAGCCUAAUCACCUAAUUCAACUUCUCGUAAGCCCGAGCCAGCUUGAAUGCCGGAAAAUCAGAGAAACGUAUUUGAGAAUUUAUGGGGUGGACCCAGUUCAUCUUCUUCUUCAGAGGAACAAAGAUUCAAGCCAAGGAAAUGAGGCAGGGUCUCUGUUUUCUGAGAAGACUUUGGUGGGUUUAUCCAUGUUGAUGCUAAGCCCUCAUGAACGUGAUGCUGUUGUUGCAAGGGAGGCAUUUGAGCAGGGUGAUUCAGUCAAUUACAAGCCUCUGCUUGAGAUAUUUUUGUGUCGAAAAUCCAGUCAUGUUCUUCUCAUUCAAGAGGCCUAUUAUGCAAGGUUUAAGAAACAAUUAGAACAAGAUAUUAUCAGCAUUGAUCCCUCCCACCCAUAUCAAAGGAUUCUGAUGGCAUUAUGCGCAUCACACAAAGCACUGCAAACUGAUGUUAGCCAGUACAUCGCCAAUUUUGAUGCAAGGAGGCUUUACAAAACAGGGGACGAAAACCGGGGGUCGGUUGAUGAAGCUGUUGUGCUAGAAAUUCUAAGUAAAAGGAGCAUUCCUCAACUGAGACUGACAUUUUCAAGCUACAAACACAUUUAUGGCCAUAGUUAUGUACAUUCCCUGAAAAAGGAAAAAUCUGGAGAAUUUGAAGAUGCCCUGAGAGUGGCCGUGAAAUGCAUGAGCAACCCAACCAAGUAUUACGCUGAGAUAAUGUAUGAAUGCAUAAAGGGGACAAGAAUAGACAAAGAUGCUGUGAUUAGAGUAAUUUUGAGCAGAGCAGAGAUGGAUAUGGAUGAAAUCCAAAGGGCUUUCAAGAAGAAGUAUGGAUUGGAGCUGAAAAAUGCUAUUUCUGAAAGUGAAGCACCAGGAGAUUACAGAGAACUACUAAUUGCCCUGGCAACAAAAACAGCCACACCUUCUGCCUCCUCUCUUCGAUAUAGUGAACCAAGCAGCCUUCUUGAUUAA